AUGGCAUCCUGCCAGAAUCCUACUGGCGCCUCUCUCGCGUCUCUGAUCAACCAAGAGAUUCCACUGAAUCGGAAACAACGGAUGGUAGUGGAGCGGGUGCUAUGUGACGCUUUAGCCUGGGUGGAUCACCCGUACGAUUCGUCCCUACGCAAACAAACUCUCCUCUAUAUUGGAGGAGAAGGUGGCACUGGUAAGAGCCAGAUCGUCAAGGCAAUUGUUGCUGGCAUGAGCCUUAUCGGACGAAAAGACGAAGUGGUCCUUAUGGCGCCGACAGGUGCAGCCGCCGAUAACAUCGGCGGUAAUACAUACCAUACCUCUUUGGGGAUAUCCAUCGACCGUUCGCGUGAAACCGGAAUGAGAUCCAGAGUGAGACAGCUUUGGUCUCGUAAGACUAUCAUGAUCGUGGACGAAGUUAGCAUGAUGGAUCUACGCAUGAUCAGCGUGAUUGAUAAUCAAUGCAAGAUCGUGAAAGCCCUCGACAGAUCCUCCCCUGAUCUUUUUGGUGGCCUUCCUGUUGUUAUCUUUAUUGGCGAUUUUUUCCAGUUUCCACCUGUUCUGGGACCGGCACUAUGGAGGGAGCCAAGAAGAGGCAUGAAUGAGGAUGAAAAUGGUCGGCUACUCUGGCACCAAUUCAAACAGGUGAUCAUUCUGGAUGAGUAA